GCUCACACCGGAUUGCCAGAUUGCAAGUCUAAACUUGGCUGAAGGCCGGUAGCCAGAUCGUGCUGUUUUAAAUACUUUGUUGUAUUGCCUGCCUGCCUGCCUUUGCAACUGUCCCAUAGAGCUUUGUACGAACUCAGCUGCCCGGGAGAGGAGUCAGUGGGGGAAAAAAAAUCUAUGUUGCUUGGUGGUAGCUGAUUGCAUCCCAGUUUCUGCCAAGUCAGUAACUUCAGUAAUCUCCCCCCGCCCCCCACCCCCUACCUCCCUCCACCCCCUCCAAACUGCAGGAUUCUGUUCUGGAUGAAAAUAACUUGUGGUUUCGAGAGAGUAGAAUUGGUUGGUGCGGAUCGCCAGUGUGCACGGUCUAUUGUUUGAAAGCUGCACUUAAAACCUUCCCAGAAUGAAGAUGAAAACGGCAGGCGGAUGACUGAGUGUCGGUGCUGAGGGUCUGGCGCUUUGCGGCUGCCUGGUUUAGGGCGCGGCGAUGAGCGGGCACGCGGGCUGGUGCAGGGGCCGCCAGGCCAUUCGGCGCUGAGGCGCCGCAGCCGCCGCCACCGCCACCAUCGCCGCCGCAACAGCAGCAGCAGCACGGACCCCAUGGGUUUGUCACGGUGCGCUUCUGGAGUCGAAGAAACCGUCUAGCGCAAAGGUAGCCACACACAGCUUUUGGUUCACUGAAUUAUGGAAAUUUUGUGGAAGACGGUGACUUGGAUUUUGAGCCUAGUCAUGGCCGCUUCGGAAUUUGACAGUGACACAAGGCUUUCUUACAGUUCUCAAGAGGAAUUCCUUUCUUACCUUGAACAUUAUCAGCUAACGGUUCCUGUCCGAGUGGACCAUAACGGAGAUUUCCUGAACGACAGCGGCGGGAACAACUAUAAGCAUUCGAGGCGAAGGAGAAGUUCGGAUGUUCCACCCCGAGAUCCAACCGAUACUAAAUUAUUUUACAGGCUGUCCGCCUAUGGAAAGCACUUUCAUUUAAACUUAAGUUUAAACACUAAAUUAAUCUCCAGACAUUUUAUCGUAGAAUAUUGGGGGAUUGAUGGUCCACAAUGGAAACACGAUUUUAUUGAUAACUGCUAUUACGUGGGAUAUGUAAAACAUGAGCACAGCACUACACAAGUGGCUUUAAGCAACUGCAAUGGCCUGCAUGGUGUUAUUGUAACAGAAGAGGAUCAGUAUUUCAUUGAGCCAUUACAGAAUAUAUCUAUGGACUAUAACAGUGACUUUACAUAUGGCAAAGGCCACCCUCAUGUUGUUUACAAGCGUUCCUCCAUUCGACCAAGACAUCAUACCAACAUGUCAAAGUGUGGAGUUCCAGAAGACCACACACGAAGAAGAAAGCCCUGGUGGUUAAAUGAUCUCUCAGCUGUUCCAACCUCGUUGCCAAAUAACAAAACUACAAAUAGUCCCCAUCGACAAAAGAGAUCAGUAAGCCUUGAACGCUUUGUGGAAACUCUGGUAGUGGCAGACAAAAUGAUGGUGGGAUACCAUGGUCGUAAGGAUAUCGAACAUUAUAUCUUGUCUGUAAUGAAUAUUGUUGCCAAACUUUACCGUGAUUCCAGUCUAGGAAAUGUUGUGAACAUUAUUGUCACUCGUCUGAUUGUUCUUACUGAAGAUCAGCCAAACUUGGAGAUAAAUCAUCAUGCAGACAAGUCCUUGGACAGCUUCUGUAAAUGGCAGAAAAGCAUUCUUUCUCACCAAAAUGAUGGAAACACCAUUCCAGAAAAUGGGAUUGCUCAUCAUGAUAAUGCUGUUUUAAUUACUAGGUAUGACAUCUGCACGUAUAAAAAUAAACCUUGUGGAACCCUGGGCUUGGCCUCAGUGGCUGGAAUGUGUGAGCCUGAGCGGAGCUGCAGCAUCAAUGAAGAUAUUGGCUUAGGUUCAGCAUUCACAAUUGCACAUGAGAUUGGUCACAAUUUCGGCAUGAACCAUGAUGGAAUUGGAAACUCCUGUGGGACGAAGGGUCAUGAAGCAGCAAAGCUCAUGGCAGCUCACAUUACUGCCAACACCAAUCCAUUCUCCUGGUCUACAUGCAGCAGAGAUUAUAUCACCAGCUUUUUGGAUUCUGGGCGUGGAACUUGCCUGGAUAAUGAGCCACCGAAGCGUGAUUUCCUUUACCCAACAAUAGCACCAGGACAGGUGUAUGAUGCUGAUGAACAAUGUCGCUUCCAGUACGGUACUACAUCACGACAGUGUAAAUAUGGGGAAGUGUGCAGAGAGCUGUGGUGCCUCAGUAAGAGCAAUCGAUGUGUAACCAACAGUAUCCCUGCAGCUGAAGGUACCCUCUGCCAGACAGGAACUAUUGAAAAAGGGUGGUGUUAUCAAGGCGAAUGUGUACCUUUUGGUACUUGGCCUCAGAGUGUAGAUGGGGGCUGGGGACCUUGGUCCAUAUGGGGAGAAUGCAGUAGGACAUGUGGGGGAGGAGUCUCCUCAUCUCUGAGACACUGUGACAGUCCAGCGCCUUCUGGUGGAGGGAAGUACUGCCUUGGUGAACGGAAACGUUAUCGUUCGUGUAACACAGAUUCAUGUCCGAUUGGAUCGCGAGACUUUCGUGAAAAGCAGUGUGCAGACUUUGACAACUUACCUUUCCGUGGCAAAUAUUACAACUGGAAGCCGUACACUGGAGGUGGUGUUAAGCCAUGUGCUUUAAACUGCUUGGCUGAAGGAUAUAACUUUUACACUGAACGGUCUCCUGCAGUCAUUGAUGGAACUCGCUGUCAGGCAGAUUCACUGGACAUCUGUAUCAAUGGAGAAUGCAAGCAUGUGGGCUGUGAUCACAUUUUGGGCUCUGAUGCAAAAGAAGACAGAUGUCGUGUUUGUGGGGGUGAUGGAAGCACUUGUGAAGCAACAGAAGGUUUAUUCAAUGAUUCACUGCCUCGUGGAGGGUAUCUGGAAGUCGUUCAAAUUCCAAGAGGAUCGGUCCAUAUAGAAAUCCAGGAACUAGCAAUGUCAAAAAACUAUAUUGCUUUGAAAUCUGAAGGUGAUGACUAUUACAUAAACGGUGCCUGGACCAUUGACUGGCCAAGAAAAUUUGAUGUUGCUGGCACAGCUUUCCAUUACAGGAGACCUGCAGACGAGCCAGAAUCUUUGGAGGCAUUAGGGCCCACCACAGAAAAUUUAGUUGUUAUGGUACUUCUACAAGAGCCAAAUCAGGGGAUUCGCUACAAGUUUAACGUUCCAAUCACUCGUACUGGUAGUGGUGACACAGAAGUGGGAUUUGCCUGGCAUCAUCUAUCAUGGUCAGAAUGCUCAGCCACCUGCGCUGGAGGUGCACAGAAACAAGAGGUAGUUUGUAAAAGAUUAGAUGACAAUUCCAUUGUCCAGAAUAGUUACUGUGACCCUGAGAGUAAACCACCAGGAACACAGAGAGCUUGCAACAUAGAGCCAUGUCCACCAGAAUGGUUCAUUGGAGAUUGGUCAGAAUGCAGCAAAACAUGCGAUGGUGGAAUGCGUACCCGAACGGUAUUGUGCAUUAGGAAAAUUGGACCUUCUGAGGAAGAAACCCUAGAUGACAGCCACUGUCUCACACACAGGCCUAUUGAGAAAGAGCCCUGUAACAAUCAGUCCUGCCCCCCACAGUGGGUUGCGUUGGAUUGGUCUGAGUGUACUCCAAAAUGUGGCCCAGGAUUUAAGCAUCGAAUUGUUUUGUGCAAGAGCAGUGACCUGAGCAAGACUUUCCCGCCCUUCCAUUGUUCUAAUGAAAACAAACCUCCGGCCCGAAUUCGCUGCAGCCUCGGGCGAUGCCCACCUCCACGAUGGGUCAUGGGAGAAUGGGGUUUGUGUUCUGCACAAUGUGGUCUUGGCCAGCAAAUGAGGACAGUGCAAUGUCUUUCAUAUACUGGCCAGCCAUCUACUGAGUGUCCUGAAGCCCUUCGACCACCCUCAAUGCAGCAGUGCGAGAGUAAAUGUGAUGCUACCCCUGUCGCCAAUGCAGAAGAAUGCAAAGAUGUGAACAAAGUGGCUUACUGCCCACUGGUGCUGAAGUUCAAGUUCUGCAGCAGGGCGUACUUUAGACAAAUGUGCUGUAAGACCUGCCAAGGACACUGACCCAAAGCAAGCCUUGUUAAUUCUAUCAUGGAAAACGUGCCUGCCCUGAAUUCAACAAGGAACGGGAUUUGAUGUCCCACAAACUCUACCCUGUGGAAAUGGUGACCACUGGUCAGCUUCAGCUGACAAUAAUUUGCUGUUAUUUUAACUUCUGUGAAGUGGGAUUUUUUUUUUACUAAGGUGCUGGACACAGAGCGGAGGAGAUGCCAGUUCUAAGUUUUCUGCUCAGCAACAUGAAAAUCACUCAGCUGUUCAGGACACGCACGUUCACUUGAACAAAUUGAAUAGUUGGUUCAUCUCCAGGGACCAGAAAGUUAAUGUAAUAUAUAUUGGACCUAAAUAAGAGAGAACAGUUUGUAUAUGUUCAAAGGCUGAUAAGGCAGAAAAUAAUAAUUAUCAGAGCUUGCCUAGCUAAAUAAAAAUGGACAGAUAUGAUUUCAACACACUUUAGGAACUAUUACAAUUAUUUAUCUCUCACAGUGACCAAAAUAAGUUUUAUAGUAUCAACAGAUAAGUUAUUUUUAAAAUAAAACCAAAAAUGGAACAUAUUUCUUCUCUACAUGGUGCUACAUUCCUAGUUCUUUCCACCAAAAUUCCUAUUUUCAAGGCUAAGUGGUUUAGAAAAAAAAAUGAUACCCCAACACUGGAAAUGUCAGUCAGAAUUACUCCAUUUAAUAAAUGAAAGAGAAUUGAAGCAUUAUUCUAGUAAAGAUGCAGGAAUGCAUCCAAAUCGAUGAAGGUUUCUUGCUGCCAACCAGAGUUCAAAUUAAAUUGUGUUCUAAAUAACAUUAAUAUCUUUCAAUUUGCCAUUUUUUUAAACAAAUUAAUUGAAGCAUGGGUGUUUCUUUUACCAUUGUGAAGUAAGGAAAUGCAGAGAUCAUGCACCAAACUGCCACACUCCCAAUAUAAAUAGAAAUGCCCAGAGCCUGAAAUGUACUGCUCCAACUGCUCUUGCUUACACCACUGGUUUUGGAGUGUGUUUGACCACACAGGCACCACCGAGUUGCUUAAAGCAGGCUCUGUUCAAGCAGUUCUGGAUGCGACCACCAUGUAAUACACAGACAGACUAUCUACUUUGAAACCAGGCACACCUUUCAAGGAAGCUUGUAAUAAAAAAGGACAAAAAUCUCCAGAUACUUCUCUCUUUCAAAAGAAUAUUUCAGAAAGAGAAAAUAUAAAUGAUUAGAAUAUUUAGUCGCACUACUCUCAGCAGGAAUAUUAGCAAUACAUUAAGUUUAGAUUUGACAAUAUAUUGUUUACCUGAAUAAUAUUUAAAUGUGAAACCACAUAGUAUUUGUACACUAAAGGUAAAAAAACAUACAUGAUUCCAAAGCCCAGUGCUUGUAAGAUAAGUGGCCUAGCUUGAUUAAAGACAAUAUGGAGAUAAUAAAAGAGGAUACUUGUUCAUAUUACUACAGUACUUGAACACUUACAGAUUGCAACAGGUACUUUAAUGAAUGUGCAUUUGUUUUGAACUGUGCCUCUUUUGUCUAGUGCAAUGAACCUAUCUUAAGUGAGAAUAUUUGUAAAUCAUUGUGUACAAAAUCCAUUAACAUGCAAAACGGGGCACUUUUCAUCAGUUAAGUGAGAUUCUGUAGAUUUUGAAUGAAACCAAUGUUUAGUAGAGUACAUUUAUUUUCAUUUCAAAGGAAUUAUUUUAAAGUCAUUUUCGUGAAAAAUUUUGAUUUUUUUUAAAUAAAGAAAACUAACUAGCUAAUUAUACAUCAGCUAAAAUAUUUAAUCAGCAAGGAUGUGAUUUGUUAUACAAAAAUGUACAAGCUGGCAAUUUCAUCUGAGGACAGCCUGCACCAGGAAAUUGUCAUUUUGCAUAUUUGUUUAUGAAGUCAUAGGUAACGAGAAAACCUUUCAGAUAUAAAUUCAGAACGACAUAAUUUUUGACAAUCUAUAUUGGAUGAUGUGCUGUACACUCAAUUAUAACCACGAAAAUCUUGUCUGUCAUCUACUACCUCUCGACAGUAUUUUUAAACUGCUUUGUUCCACAAUACAACUGGCCAGGUCAACAUGGUGCUAGUUCAAAUGCCUAUCACUGGGCUUGCAACAAACUAGUUCCAUAUAUUGGACAUCCUUUUGAAUAAACUAACUUGGUGCUGUUAUGCCUUGAGAAAUCUGAGCUUCGUAAAGGGAACAGUGCUAUGACAAUCCCAAGAAUCAGUGCUUAGUACUCCAGGGCAUGAGUGUGUUAAUCAGUUAAUGUUUCAUUUCAACAAGGAACUAUGCUUAAAGAUCUCCUCUUUACCUCAACUUAGGUAUUAACAUUGCAGAGACUUGUUUCCAUGGAUUGGUUUUUUAUUUUGUCUUGUGGUACUGGUGCUAUAUAACCAGGGAGUUGAAUGUAUUAUCUACACUAUAGGACAGCACUGACAGUGGAAUUAAUGCAACUCCCUCAAGGAAUUUGGAUAACAUUAUUAAAGGGAACAGGAUGCAUUAAAAAAAAAAAAGAAAUUAAGAGGAAGAGAAAUUUCCAAAUGGGACCCAAACAAACAGAACCAAAAUUGGACCAGAAAGUGUUCAAAUAGCACAGUUUUUUGCUGCUGCUACUGUGUAGCCACCUUACUAUCAAAAGCUGAAUCCUUUCUGUAGUUUUCAAGCUGAUAAUAGUUAAUUGUGCAAGCUGUAAAGAAGUUUGACAGGCCUGCCAUACUGAGAAGAACAGUACAUUGUAACCAGUACAAUGAAGAGCCCAAGGCGCACACUGCAGUAUUAUCAGCAUCUGCUCAUACAGACUAAGAAAGGGCUUGUUCACAGAAAUACCCCCAAGGUGCAUACUUCAUGGAGUGGUACAUUUAAUUAUGGACUGUAUUAAUCACUGAAUGUCACAUAAAUAUCCUUAUUCAGAAUGGAAAUAGCAUUGUAUUAUUGUGAUUAGUUGCUUAUAUUUUACAUUCAGUAUUAAUGUGGUACACUGUUAUUAAAUAUUUCCUUUUUUGUAAAUUAUAUGCUAAUUUAUUGCCAUGUUUCAUGACACUUGUUCUCCAUUCAUUUCACUACGUAUAUAGAAAGUUAAUACUAAAUUCAGUGAAAUGGUGUUCCGUAUUUGUGACACAGGACUUUUUUCUUAGGUAAUUUAAAACAAUAAAAGUGCAGCUUCUAAACAUAGUAAAACAAUCUUGUUACCCUGUUGUUUAUUUGAUGGAUUAAUUAUAUAAAACAUCUGCUGAAUGAUAUAACUUUGUAAUGCAGAUGUAUAGUCGAUGUGUAAAUGUGAAGCAACUCUAGAACUCUAGACUUUCUUUGCAAAGCCAUGUUCAAAGCAGCUAGAAUCCAGAUCAGUUUUCUCCUAUAUGAUCCUGUUGAAAAGCUAUUCCUGACCUUCUGCCAUAUAUGGUGGUUCUGUACAUGUUACCAUCUGUAAACUAAAUGGUUGCAAAAGAUAGUUUCUCAGUUGACAUUUUCCUCUAAAUGAUGUCGAGUCAAUGAUCAUUUGUUAAGGUGCUGCUAUUGGAGCUGGAACAUUUACAUCACAUAUCGCUCGUUCAACUGAAGAAAUAAAACAGUUUCAAUUAG